CGGCGCCCCGGCGCGGGUGUUUGCUCAGGGCCGGGAGCGCGGCACGCGCCGGGCGCACGCACUUGCGACAACAAACCCGCGAGGGGUGGGGGCGGCGGCGGGGAGGGGGAGGCGGCCCCGGGGGGAGGGGGCGGUUUGGGAGGCGGGGCCGGGCCGCGGCCAGCGCGUGUGUGCCGGGGGCCGCGGGCAUGUGUGUGUGCGCGCGUUGUGUUUUCCCCCCCGCGUUGAAAAGGCGGCGGCGCCGCGCGGCCCGCGGUCACUCACUGCAAAGGCAGGGGAGCGUGGACGGCGCAAGGUGCAGAGUGUGUGUGCGGGGGGGUGUCGGGGGGGGCGCGGGGGGAGCGGGCGCGCGUGUGUAUGUGUGUGUGUGCGUGCGUGUGUGCAGGCGAGGAAGGGGGGGGCGAGCCCCGUCCGCCCCUUAUAAGAGACACAAUCCCCAGCCACUUUUUUGCGAAGGGGGCUUUGCAAAGCAGGCUGCGCACACGCGAGCGCCACGAGCCUCCCCGCAGCCCGCCGCGCGCAGCGAGAGGAGGGGGCGGGCAGCGCCGCCCGCGCCCCGCCGCCGCCGCGCAUCCGCCGCCCGCGCCCUUUUGUUGCUGCGGCCCCUCUCCUCCUUCUUCCCCCCUGCCUCCUUUUCUUUCCCCCCUUCUUUUUCCCUUUUUCCCCCCUUUUUUCCCUCCCCUCUGCAAUUUUAAACGCCGGGACACUUUCUCCUAGCGUCCCCUCGGUGGGCCGGGGAGGGGGUGGGGGGGCACCGGCCGCCGCUCGGGCGUCCCCGCCUCGCCAGCCGCCCCAGCGCCCGUGGCCAGCGGCAGCGCCGCCGGGAUGGCCAGCGGCGCCGGGCAGCCGCCCUUCCUGCAGCCCGCCUGCUUCUUCGCCGCCGCCGUGGCCGCCGCCGCGCCGCCGGGGGCGCCGCCGCCGCAGCUGAGCCCCGCGGGCGGGCAGCCGUCGCCGGGGGCCAAGCCGGCGGCGCCGCGGGCCGCCAAGCGGCAGCGCUCGGCCUCGCCGGAGCUGAUGCGCUGCAAGCGGCGGCUCAACUUCAGCGGCUUCGGGUACAGCCUGCCGCAGCAGCAGCCGGCCGCCGUGGCGCGGCGCAACGAGCGGGAGCGCAACCGCGUGAAGCUGGUGAACCUGGGCUUCGCCACGCUGCGGGAGCACGUCCCCAACGGCGCCGCCAACAAGAAGAUGAGCAAGGUGGAGACGCUGCGCUCCGCCGUCGAGUACAUCCGCGCCCUGCAGCAGCUGCUGGACGAGCACGACGCCGUCAGCGCCGCCUUCCAGGCCGGCGUGCUCUCGCCCACCAUCUCGCCCAGCUACUCGCACGACAUGAACUCCAUGGCGGGCUCGCCCGUCUCCUCCUACUCCUCCGACGAGGGCUCCUACGACCCGCUCAGCCCCGAGGAGCAGGAGCUGCUCGACUUCACCAGCUGGUUCUGAGCGCCGGCGGCCCGCGCCCCCCGCCGCAGGGCAGUUGCAAAAGGGGAAAAAACAAAAAAACCUAUGUAUCGCGGGAAAAAAAAAAAGCCACACACACACACAAAAAAAAAGCAGGAAAAAAACCUGUUGCAUUUCCCGCUCCCCCGGCGUCGGAGGGCGGUGCGGGACGGGCUCUCCGCGGGCGGGCGCGCCCCCGCGCACAGCGCUGCGCGCCGCGGGGGCGGACAGGGGCCGGCCGCCCCCCAGCGCCGCCGCCGCCGCCGCCGCCGCCGCCUUUGCACUGUGCGCGGGCCGCCACGGACUGCAGCGCUGCCGGCACCUGCGCGACGGGGCGGGCGCCCCAGGGGAGCACCCGCGGCCCGGCCCGGCCCGGCGUGGGGGGCCCGGCCCGGCCGGUCCCGGCCCGCCUCGGGCACUGCCUGCCCUCCACCUGCUGAGGAGCUCUGCCUCCUGCUUCUUCCCUCCUGCUAGAAAGACACCCCCCGCGCUCCCCUCCGCCCCCCGUGGCCGUUUCAGCCCUUCAAAGACUGGCGCUCCUUACUCUGUGGACAAAGUUAGUUUCCUAAUGUUUGUGAAGAUUUUGAAAUUAAGCUACGCUGUGCUCAGAGAGUCCCCGGAGUCGUCCCCCCCCCUCCCCCCCCCCCCCCCCGUGCCUGCCGCUCCCCUGCUCCGAGCUUUUCCUCUCGUUUCCGUCAUAGAAUGCUUCCAAUCUCUUUUUUUGUGAAUUUUUUUAUUAUAAGAAAAUCUAUUUGUAUCUAUCCUAACCAGUUUGGGGAUAUAUUAAGCUAUUUUUGUACAUAAGAGAGAGAGAGAGAUUUAUAGAGGUUUUGUACAAAUGGUUUAAAAUGUGUAUAUCUUGAUACUUUUUUUAAUAUGUAAUGCUUAUUACCUCUUCAUGUUUAGACGUGUAGUCGACAUUACCUUACAACUGCCAUUUUUGUAUGUGGUUUUGUAAAGGACUUGGAUUUCCUCCAGAUGUACUUUAGCACCAACGUGUCUUACUUUAUAGAAACUUUGUUAAUGUAUUAAUAAUGUUAUUAAACAAUGUUCAAAGUGAACAAAGUUUAUGCAGCUAUUGUCCAAACGCAAAAUGGUAGCCAUUUGUUUUGAUACGCUGCCUUUUGGGGGAAAAAAAAAGCGAAACAAGUAAACAAACAAAAAACCCUUAUGCCACUGCCUUUUCUUACUGUUUUAUUACAAACUUACAAAGGUCCUGUAUAACCCUGUUUUAUACAAACUAGUUUCGUAAUAAAACUUUUUUUAAUUAAAAUGA